AUGUCUAUGUCAACAUUGAAAAGAAGGUUAUGUGAAUACAACCUUAAAAGGAAUAAAGUGGAUAUAAAUUUGCCUGCCGUUGAGAAAUUAAUCCGAGACGAGAUGGAUGGCCCAGGAGGCAUUUGUGGUUACAGAGGAGUUUGGCAUAUGCUUCGUAUAAAGUAUGGGCUGUUUGUCCCUAGGCAAGAGGUAGAAUCCCUGAUCAGAGCGAUAGACCCAGCUGGAGUGGAAGAGAGGAAGCGCCACAGGCUAAAAAGAAGGAAGUAUGAGUCUCCUGGACCAAAUUAUUGUUGGCAUGUUGAUGGUUAUGAUAAACUGAAACCUUUCGGAUUUCCCAUGCAUGGGGCUGUUGAUGGCUAUAGUCGCAUGGUAAUGUGGCUUAAGGUAGAUAGAACCAAUAAUGAUCCAGAAAUAACUGCAAAGUUUUUUUUAGAUUGCGUCGUGGAGGUCGGUGGAUGUCCUUCAUUACUCCGAACAGACUGUGGAACAGAGAAUGUAGUAAUUGCAGGUACACAGUGUUUUUUAAGAGCUGACUGUGAUGAUGAGUUAGCUGGUGAAAACGAACACCGUUAUGGUCCUUCUACUGGAAAUCAAAGAAUAGAGGCCUGGUGGGCCCAUCUUCGUCGUAGUCGUCUAACAUGGUGGAUCAACUUUUUUAAAGACCUUGUGGAUCGUGGGAUAUUUCUGACUGGUGAUGUGCUCCAUGGGGAGUGCAUA